AUGGCUGCGCAGUCCAAAUCAGCUCCUAUUGCCCCAUGGGGCAAAGCCGUUGCUGGCGCGUCCGGCGCUGUGCUUGCCAACGCCUUGGUGUAUCCUCUUGACAUCGUCAAGACGCGUCUCCAGGUCCAAGUCAAACCACAGUCCACCACGGCAACGACCGAACCAGCCGAACCGACGGAUCACGUUGAGCCUCACUACUCCUCUACCUGGGAUGCCUUGAGCAAAAUCGUUGCCGAAGAUGGACCAAAGGGCCUAUAUGCCGGCAUGAGCGGCUCUCUCCUAGGCGUCGCAUCGACCAACUUUGCCUACUUCUACUGGUACUCCGUCGUACGCGCUCUCUAUCUGCGCUCGGCCAAAAGCUCGGCGCCGCCCUCAACACUGAUUGAGCUAAGUCUUGGCGCUGUUGCUGGUGCGGUCGCACAGCUCUGUACGAUUCCUGUUGCUGUCAUUACGACAAGACAGCAGACGCAGCGAAAGACAGAGAGAAAAGGGUUUGUUGAUACUGCGCGGGAAGUAAUUGAUGGAGACGAUGGUCUUUUUGGCCUGUGGAGGGGCUUGAAGGCGAGUUUGGUACUGGUCGUCAACCCCGCCAUCACAUAUGGUGCCUACGAGCGGCUCAAGGAAGUUAUAUUUCCUGGGAAGAAUAACCUGAAGCCUUGGGAGGCAUUCCUGCUAGGCGCCGCCUCCAAAUCGUUGGCGACCAUUGCCACACAACCUCUUAUCGUAGCCAAGGUAGGUUUGCAAUCCCGGCCACCGCCGGAAAGAAAGGGCAAGCCUUUUAGCAGCUUUGUCGAGGUUAUGAGCUUUAUUCUGGAGCGGGAGGGAGUCUCGGGCCUCUUCAAGGGUAUCGCGCCUCAGAUUCUCAAGGGCCUUCUGGUUCAAGGCAUCCUGAUGAUGACCAAGGAGCGCUUUCGUUACGCGAAGACCUGUUUGAACACGACCGAUGGCGGCACGGAAAUUUCGUUUCCCCACCACGACGCUCGCUCCUGCCCACGCGCACCACGGCAAAGAGGACUCGAUAUCCUGACUUACUCGAAAUCCCCCGACCUCACCACGAACUUCAGACUUCAGUAUCCAACGUCAGGGGCACCUUCCGACCGCAGCAAUGGCCAGUAUGUUGCGCCCUCGUUCUCUUGCUUCUUCCCCUUUACUACGGAAGUGGCCUGGCUAAUCUCGACCGACAGAGUCCAAGAACUCCUCGCAGCACAACCAGUCGCGCAAGGCGCACCGCAACGGGGUGAACUGCUGACGUUUUGGCAUUUGCCUUCGCCCUACAGUAUCAAGAAGCCGAAGACCUCGAGAUACCCGUCCCUGAAGGGUACCGACCCCAAGUUCCGUCGUAACCAUCGCCACGCUCUGCACGGCACCAUGAAGGCUCUGAAGGAGCUGAAGGAGGGCAAGCGCGAGACGGCAUAG